CAUGAAAUUAUUACAGUGGAAAACCUGGGCAACAGCAGCAAACGACCAUCACCUCAUAUCAGUUGCAGAGCAAGUCCUUGGCAGCCGACCAAGGCGGGAAAAGCGAAGGCGGGAAAAGCGAAGGCGGGCCAGAGAGAAGAGGUUCAAAGAGAGCUACCCAGAGACAGGUUAAGAUACGCUCAGAGGAUGAAGGAGAGAGCAGGAAAAGGCGGCGAGCCGUCCGUGAACGAGCGUUACACUCAGUGGAAGUCUCUGGUUCCCAUUCUCUACGACUGGCUAGCUAAUCACAACCUUGUGUGGCCAUCUCUCUCCUGCAGGUGGGGGCCACAAGUGGAGCAAGCAACAUACAAGAAUCGUCAACGGCUUUACCUAUCUGAGCAGACUGAUGGUAGUGUUCCAAAUACACUUGUCAUAGCAAACUGUGAAAUCGUAAAACCCAGGGUUGCUGCUGCUGAGCACAUUGCACAGUUCAAUGAAGAAGCACGCUCUCCUUUUGUAAAGAAGCACAAGACAAUUAUACAUCCCGGCGAGGUAAAUCGAAUUAGAGAGUUGCCUCAGAAUAGUAAGAUUGUGGCAACACACACUGACAGUCCUGAUGUUCUCAUAUGGGAUGUUGAUUCUCAGCCCAAUCGAAAUGCUGCUUUGGGAGCUGCCAAUUCUCGCCCAGAUUUGGUGUUGACAGGUCAUCAAGAUAAUGCUGAAUUUGCACUAGCCAUGUGCCCGACAGAGCCCUUUGUGCUAUCUGGAGGGAAGGACAAGUCAGUAGUCCUGUGGAGCAUUCAUGAUCAUAUCUCUACCUUGGCAACAGAACAGGGAGAUAAAAAGUCUCCAGGAUCUGGAUCCAUUAACAGUAAGCUGCCUGGGAACAGUCCUACUGUUCAAGCUCGGGGUAUUUUCCAAGGGCAUGAUGAUACUGUUGAAGAUGUUCAGUUUUGCCCUUCAAGUGCACAGGAGUUCUGUAGUGUUGGUGAUGAUUCUUGCAUAAUAUUCUGGGAUUCAAGACAAGGUUCAGCUCCAAUCAUGAAGGUUAAGAAGGCCCACAAUGCUGAUCUCCAUUGUGUUGACUGGAACUCAUUUGACGUUAAUCUUAUAUUGACUGGGUCUGCUGAUAACUCAGUUCGUAUGUUUGAUCGUCGAAAACUCACUUCUGGAGGAGUAGGAUCUCCUGUCCACAUAUUUGAAGGUCACUCUGCUGCUGUUCUAUGUGUUCAGUGGUCUCCAGACAAGUCAUCUGUAUUUGGAAGUUCUGCGGAGGAUGGUGUCUUGAACAUCUGGGAUCAUGAGAAGAUUGGUAAGGAGGAACAUGAAGAACCAAAACCUGCAAAUUCCCCUUCAGGCUUGUUCUUUCGUCAUGCUGGACACAGGGAUAAAGUUGUUGAUUUCCACUGGAAUGCUUCGGAUCCAUGGACUAUUGUUAGUGUUUCUGAUGACGGUGAAAGCACGGGUGGAGGUGGUACUUUGCAGAUAUGGAGAAUGAUGGACCUCAUUUACAGGCCAAAAGAUGAGGUUUUGGCUGAGCUGGAGAAGUUUAAAUCUCACUUGCUCAGCUGUUAAUUUAUCCAUCUUCUCGGUAGGACAUAACAUUUAGACUGAAUUGAUCUUUUUUUGAAACUACAAUCCUGGAAUUUGAAUCUGUUUUGGUCGAACAUGAAACUGCGGUUGUUGAUUUAAUUUUUUUAAUAACCAUCUGUUUUGGUGGAAACUUGAAGCCGUGUUUUUUUUGGGAUUAUCUGAGAUGAGAUUAGGCCAAUUUCAUAUCCUGUAUUUAUUGGACCCGAACAUAAAUUUGAUCAAAAUCGAAGCUGUGCUUCUGA